UCCAAUCAUCUCCAGCUCUUUCACUCUUCUUCUUCGUCAAGCUUCUGUGCUCUCUCUCUCUCCAUAAACACAUAAUCAUCAUCAGUGAACUAGUUUAAAGUCCAAAAUAUGGCCUUUGGAAAAUACCAUUCCAUCCUCUUGAUGCUGGUGAUCAUCAGCAUGAGCAGUUCAUGCCACGCACAGCUCUCGUCCACGUUCUAUGACAAGAUGUGCCCGAAUGCGCUCAACACCAUACGAACAGCCAUCAGGACGGCCAUCUCGAGAGAACGCAGGAUGGCCGCCUCUCUCAUCCGGCUCCACUUCCAUGACUGCUUUGUUCAGGGAUGCGAUGCUUCGAUACUUCUGAAAGAUGGAGGAGAAAGGGAAGCCGCGCCAAACAACAAUUCUGCCCGGGGAUAUGAGGUCAUUGACAAUGCGAAGUUGCAAGUUGAGAAAGUAUGCCCCGGAGUGGUGUCGUGCGCGGAUAUACUAGCUGUUGCAGCUCGAGAUGCGUCAGUCAUGGUUGGUGGGCCUUCUUGGAAUGUCAAGCUUGGGCGAAGAGACUCCACCACUGGAAACCCGUCUAAGGCACUGACCGACCUUCCGUUUUUUGGCGCCGACCUCCAAACCCUCAUUUCCGACUUUGCUAGGAAAGGACUUAGUGCCAGAGACAUGGUUGCAUUAUCAGGAGCUCACACACUCGGGCAAGCUCAGUGCUUCACAUUCCGUGGCCACAUCUACGGCAAUGGGACCAAUAUCGACCCUGGGUUCGCCAGCACGCGCAAGAGGAGAUGCCCGGCGAGCGGGGGUGACUCGAACCUGGCACCACUCGAUCUGGUGACCCCAAACUCGUUCGACAAUAACUACUUCAAAAACUUAAUGCAGAAGAAGGGGCUCCUGGCAUCCGAUCAGGUCUUGUUCAGUGGCGGAUCGACUGACAGCAUCGUGUCGGAAUACAGCAAGAAUCCUGCAAAAUUCAUGACUGACUUCGCAGCUGCCAUGAUCAGGAUGGGAGAUAUCGAACCUCUCACUGGCUCAGUGGGACAGAUAAGGAAGAUCUGCAGCGCAGUGAACUGAUACUCGAUGCAGUUCUUCAUUGCACGCGGGACUUCUUUCAAAUGCUUAUUCACACAACUUGUAUUGAUUAAUUCUUUUUUUGUCCUUUCAAGUGUAGAUGCAUUUCCAUCAGUAAUAAUUCAUUUCGUUUCGUAAUUCGUGAAAUAAAUUCACCAACUAA